GUGGCGCCACGCGCACUAGAGCAGACUAGGAAAGAAGCAAACGGUUUGCAAGCGCCCGAAAGGGCAAGGGAGCCGAGCGUCGCCAGGCAACGCAACUAGGCGGUGCUAGUGCUGGUGCAUUGGGAAAUUGUGUCUGCCAUUAAGAUCACGCGGGGCAGCAUAAUGUGUUGAUGUUGACAUUGGAGGUGCAGCUGGGGCUGUCUGUGAUGAAGAAAGUGAUGGUUGAUCUUGAUGGUUUUUCUUCUGCAUGUAGAAGAGGACGGGCGGGAAGGGGAGGAAGAGGACCAGCGAAGCAGGAGCUAUCGAUAUACACGGACCCACGAUGGCGUACGAGAAAGCAUCGACACUGACGGUGUCUGGGCCGUUCAACGUGCAACACAUCCCCAAGGUAAGAAAUAUUGCACAACCUGCAUUUAGCGUCGAUCUAGCGUCGUCGGGGGUACUCUCGGCAGCGGGGGAGGACAUGAAGACGUCUUCGUCCUCGUCGUCGGCAGCGUCGUCUGGAGCAGGGACAACGUUCACCACUGUGGCCACGAGCGGCGCGUCGACGCCGGCGUCGUCGUGUGGGACUGCGGGUUCGCCCCGUCUGACGAAGAAGAAAGGGCCAGGAGCCGAGGCGUUCACGACGAAUGCUAUCAUUGUCUGUACGAUCGGGUUUCUUGCGGAGUAUGGCAACGAGCUGACGUGUGCCCCGGGCGACGUCUUCAAGCUGGUUGACCCGACGAUCACCAACGGGUGGGUCCUGGUGCAGUCGCUGUCGUCCGGCAGAAAGGGCUGGGUUCCGAAGGACAACGUGAAGAUCCUGGACCUGCACAACUCGAGCGGGAACGGACCAAUUCGCAAAACCACCUCUAUGGGCGAGAGACGGCGGCUCGGGCGAGAGAGGACAGACCACGAGAAGGACGGAGAAAAACGAGAGAAACUGGUAACGCCUUCCCUGUCCUCGUCGUCCUCGUUCCUCUCCUCGAACUCCAUCUUGGAUUUCUACUCCACCCAGAUGACGCCGAGCACCUCUUCCAUUUCCUCGCACACCUCUCCACCGCUUGACACGGUCAAGAGCGCCACUCUUUGCCCCGAGAACAACCUCACACGCACAUACGCCUCCAUCUUUGCCCACUCCAUGUAUUUUUUGGAGUCGUCGUCGGCAGCCUCGUACUGGUACAGGUUCGACCUGAUCUCGGCGCAAAACAGCAAUCAGAAAAUACAUCUGUGUAGAUACUACACAGACAUACUGGUCCUCGCCAGAUACCUCUCCUCCCAGGCAGACUCGCUAGUCGCAGGCACUCAGCUGCCGAAGCUGCCAGACGCCUUCUUCUUUGGCGAAGACUCGUCCUAUGCAGAAGGCGACGACUCUUUUGCAUCACACAUCUCCCAGAUCGAUGGGUAUCUACAGCAGCUGUUCAACGUCAUCAAAACGCAGCCUGCGGAGGCUCCCCCAGUCCUCACAUUCCUGAAGUUCUGCCAACCAGAAGACAAUGACUUUGAACACUACGUGCCUCUAGAUGACGACCAGAUCCUGCAAAUAUUGAAACCCCGCCAGGGUGAAGUCAGCAACGAUAUUGAACUGAUCCUGAAAGACGAGGAAAAGGAAGAAAGUGUCAGCGAGCAGGACAAAAUAAACAACAAUCACGCCAAUAAUAGCAACAACACGAUCAACAAUGAGCUAGAUAACUUCUUCUUCACUGCUCCUAAGCUGCAUAAGACGUUUAGUGCUACCUCUCUAAGCUCGAGGAAUUCCUCGUGCACGACCGUCUCUUCCCCCUCCACAAUGGGCUCCACAAUUUACGUGAAGGUCAAAAUCAUCUACAAGGAUGAGUACAGUCUGAUCAAAUUGUCUGGCGACGAACUUAACUUCGACAAUCUGUUCACGGCCAUUUCAGAUAAACUGAAAGGCUUGAGCCGUUUCACCAUGGCUUAUCGGAACGACAGUGGUAUAUUUAUAUUACUGAGAGAUAACAACGGUUUGCAAAAGGCUCUUCUCAUCAACAACAGAAAAAUCAUCCUCAAGGUAAUCUGACUCCUGGUGAGUGCUUUUCUGCUACUUUCAUUUUACUUUGGUUUUUCCAAUUCCCUCUUACUCUUUGCUUUUUUUACUCCCCGAGAUCCAUAUUUUCACUUCUGUAUUUAGCGUCUUUCAUCAUUACCCCGUUUUUGCUUUUCUCUUUACUUAGACUUCUUGCCUCUUAAUAAUCUUUUUCUCUCCUCAUUGAUAUACUUUUAACCCAUUCACAUUCCCGAGCCAACUUCUCAUCAUUAAUCUAUGAUCUUAAAAAUCUUCAUCUUCUUCGGAU